GGUUCACGAAUCUCAUCUCCGCCGUACUCGGCUCUCACGAGCAGCGGUUUCUUCCAGGUUUCUUUGGUUACUUACAAUUCUUGCGCCAAACCGGCUAAACUCGGAAAGUUUGCCGAACCCACAAGAGAAAGAGAAAGACGCGUCGACCGCAUAUACAGUGCAAAAGAACGCUGUAAUAAGAAAGUGGAGUUGCGGAUUAUACACACACUUCCGCGAGGCGAGAAAUGGAAUGGUAACGGGCGCACAAGAAGGGACGUAUUUUCAUUUUAUUUUAUUCCUUUCAUAAGGCGAAGAAUUUUCUCUCUCAAUUGUAUUGGCGCUCGCGAGGCAUACGUAUAAUUUUCAACUUAGUCGUCGUCGAAGCCUACGACCGCGACUAAAUUAAGUUGUAGAUUUGAUCAUUCGAAAGGAGAAAUAACUAGGUUAUAAAUUGCGACAAUGGCGCUCAACCCAUCAUACGAGGCCAUCGGCAAAGGAUUCGUUCAACAAUAUUAUCUGUUGUUCGAUGAUCCAGCUCAACGUCCUAAUCUUAUGAACAUGUACAACACAGAGUCAUCAUUUAUGACGUUUGAAGGUCAGCAAAUCCAAGGUGCCAUCAAAAUUAUGGAAAAACUCACGAGUUUAAGUUUUCAAAAGAUCAAUCGGAUAAUAACAGCAAUUGAUUCGCAACCUAUGUUCGAUGGAGGAGUUCUGAUCAAUGUACUUGGAAGGCUGCAGACCGACGAGGAUCAGCCUCAUGCAUACAUCCAGACCUUUGUGCUGAAACCAAUAGGCAUCAGCUUUUUCGUGCAACACGACAUCUUCAGACUCGCGCUGCAUGAUACUGUAUAGGCAACUGCAAACAAUUGUGCACCAAUCUUCAUAAUGUGGCAGAUGAAGAUCCACCACACGCCUUCUCGCAGAUCUUUGUGUUGAAGCCAAUGGGUAGUACGUUCUUCUGCCAACACGAUAUCUUCCGUCUGGGCAUCCACGACACUGCAUAAUGGGCAAUUCUAUUGUCUAUAAG